ACAAUGUUAUAAUUUAUCUACGUAUUACAUGUUUUUGUAUAUCGAGACUAAUGAAUACGAAUUAAUUGAUAACCUCUCAUGACAAUGAUCGUACUUAUCUUCAUUUUAUUGGUGUGUUCAAACUUGUCAUUUCAACUAGAUCCAAAGUUAUGUCAAAAGUACCCAAGUCAACGGCAUUGUAUCAUCGAGUGGAUGUCUCGAGAGAGAUGGGCUCACACAGAAAGUAAGUAAUCUAUGCACUAUGUUUACGAGUGUUUGCGAGACUGAACUAGCGCGCCAUUGGCAGUCUCCACCUGACAAGCCCACGACUUCCUCGGACUUUUUAUUUUCACAAUGGGAAACAAAGUUGUGACAUUCACGGAACAACAACUGGAGGACUAUCAGGACUGCACCUUUUUCACGAGGAAGGAAAUAUUAAGAGUUUUCAAGCGGUUUCGAGACGUAAAUCCCGAAUUGAUUCCUAAGAGCAUGACCGAAAACCAAGCUCACACUAUUCUUGUACCAGUUGAAGAAAUAGAAAAAUUGCCUGAACUAAAAGAAAAUCCAUUCAAAAGACGAAUCUGCCAGGUUUUCUCUCAUGAUGGUUCUGGUAACCUCACAUUUGAAGACUUUCUGGAUAUGAUGUCGGUGUUUAGUGAAGCCGCGCCACGGGAUAUUAAGGCAUGGUAUGCCUUCAGGAUUUACGAUCUAGAUGACGACAAGUAUAUUGGGCGCGAGGAUCUACUAGAAGCUACCAAGCUCCUGACAGCUGGGCAGCUGCAUGAAGAUGAACGAGAGGAGAUAGUAACAAGUGUGUUGGAUGAGGCUGAUGUAGAUGGAGAUGGGAAACUUUCCUUCAUGGACUUUGAACAUGUGGUGGCUCGGGCCCCAGAUUUCGUGUCUACUUUCCAUAUUAGAGUCUAAAACUUAACUUAUGUUGAUAAUAAAUAUAUGGACUAGAAAUAA